GGCAGAUGACAGCAGGCUGUUGCGCUCGUAAAUCUCAGGAGAAGUAGGCUAACUGUUUAAUAUCACCUGAAAACAGCUUUCCGGACUUCAGCUUUGACUGUUAUCGUCGACUGAAAAUGUCAAAAAAACAAAUUUACUAUUCAGACAAGUACAACGAUGAGGAGUUCGAGUACAGGCAUGUCGUGCUUCCAAAGCAGCUGUCUAAACUGGUGCCCUCCUCCCACCUAAUGACAGAAGAAGAGUGGAGGGGACUGGGGGUGCAACAGAGCCAGGGCUGGAUUCACUACAUGAUCCACAAACCAGAGCCACAUAUACUGCUUUUCAGAAGGCCUCUCCCAAAGGAUUAAAUGGGAACUAUCUGUAAAAUACCUGCUUUCAUCUUUGCUGAUUUGUAUUGUCUUCAGACCAUACAUCUCUCCUACAUACAUCUCUACAUUUGUUCUAAUGUAUUGUGUGGAAAUUCCUUAGUUGUAUUGUGGUUUUUGUUCUUUCAAACUCCCUCAAUUUUUAGAGGUAAUGAGAGGCAAAUAUCUUGAUUCCACUGUGAAUGAUUAUAAAUGAUAUGAAGGUGAAAAUUUGCCUGUCAACUGUACAUUUUUAAUGCAUUUUUUUUAAAUGUCUUUUGAUGUAAUUUUGUUAUGAUUGAUUUAUUUACUGAGCUGUCAUACAGGCACAGGAUUGUAUUUUUCUUAAGCCCAUGAUUUUCCCAUUUUCUGUUCUUUAUACUUAUGUUUGUGUUAUGUACAUAUAUUAUUUCUAGAUAUUAUACAUUUUGACACUGAGUCAUGGUUGAUUCAACAAGUUCUUUGUUGCUGAGAGAACAAAAAUAAAAUGUACUUUCUUCA